AGAUCUAUUCAGAAAAAAUAUCAAUCUAUCGAAGGAAAUUAGUGCGUCGCCUCCGUCGUCGUCAUAAGAAAGAUUUAAGAUCGAAAAAGACUCCGUUCAUACCAGUUGCUCCAAAGAUUAUCAUUGAUCUUAUUCGUCAUCCAUUUACUACUACUGAAAUCAAUUAUCUUUCUCGAGGUCCGACUUACAUUAGACCAAAUCAAAGUGCACUUCGUCCGGCUCAUCAACGAGAAAAACAAAUUCAACAGUGUCUAAACAAAAUUAUAGAUCGUUUGAAGCAAUUCUUCGCCAAAAUUGAAAACUAUCCAAAAAUACCAGUUACAUCACCAUUAUAUAAAUUCUAUUCUGACCGGCUUCGUACGUAUUUCACACAUUGCUACAUGAAGCCAUUAUCAUUAACGGAUCAACUACGUGCACGACGAGAACUGAAGCUUGUUAAAUCGAUUCGACGAAAAUUAAAAAAGUACAAACUUGUUCUUCGUAAAACAGACAAAAGUGGUGUUUUUCAUAUUGGCUGUGCUGUGGAUUAUAAACGAAAGGCAGUUGAUUAUCGCCUAACAACACAAGCAUAUGAAGAGUUGAAUACAAAUCCGUUCAAUCAAACCAUCUACGACAUCACUCAUCAACUGAAUCAACUGAAAAUAGACAGGAAAAUAUCCGAGUCACAACGACUACAUAUGGUACCAAAUCGAGCAACAACGGAACUAUCGUACAUGUAUAAUCUUCCCAAAUCACACAAAGAAGGAACGCCACUUCGACACAUCAUAAAUACAAUGCACGGAGCAACAACAAAAAUUUCCAGUUUCGAUAUUAACAAUCUAUAUACGAUGUUACCACAAGAAGAGUCAUUAAAGAUCCUUGGACAAUUCCUCUGUGCACAUGAAUGUACUCGUUUGAAUGGGAUUUCGAUCGAUACUAUUAUCGAACUGGCUCGUAUGGUACUUCAGAAAAAUGUGUUUGUACAUGAUAAUAAAUUCUAUCGACAAAUUGUCGGUGGAGCUAUGGGUUCUCCAUUUACGUUAACAUUAGCAAAUAUAUUCAUGUGGUAUUGGGGAAAACGUUCCAUUCUUUCUAAUUUACCCUCUCGUGAAUUGUAUGGCCAAUAUAUUGACGAUGUUUUCUUUACUUGGAAUGGUUCGAAGCAAAAUCUCACGAAAAUAUUAGAUGCCGCUAACAAACUUCAUCUGAAUAUUAAAUUAGAAUAUCAUAUUAGUAAAAGUCUUCCAUUUUUGGAUAUUUUUCUUCAAAAUCAGAAUGGUACUCUGACAUCAUCAGUCUAUCAUAAGCCAGCAGCGGAACCGACCAUUCUUUGCUUUCUAUCGGAUCAUCCUCGACAUAUCUUUCGAAACUGUAUACAAACUACACUUAUGAGAGCUGCACGAUAUUCAAUCAAGAACAACGCAAUAUCCGAUUGA